CAGGUCCCACCGCGAACUGCUCCAACCACAACCACGUGAACGAACGGUCUUGUCUUUAGAGCUGCUGGCGGGACGACUCUGCAACUGACCGCCAUCAUGUCUUCAAUUGGACCCCAACUCCCACCGUCUUUAUCGAAGCGAAAGCGCACGCCCGAGUCGCAGGCGUCGCCACCGAGCAAACUCCGACGGAGUGAGUCUCCAUCCAAGAACAGAGACGAGAUCGACCUCGACGACUCAGACGACGACUACGGCCCUAGCGCACCCGCAGCCCCAAGACCUGCCGCCGGACCAUCACUACCGCCUAGCAACAACCAGGACGAGAUCGAUCUCGACGCCGACUCCGACUCAGACACCGGUCCGGCACCUCCUAAACGGAGCGUCGGCCCGGCUCUGCCCCCCGCGAAACUCUCCACCCGACCCGAAGACGACGCCGACUCGUCCUCAGAUUCAGAAGAUGACUACGGUCCGGCGCUCCCCGGCGCCCCAAAUGCCAACAAGCGCGUAGUAGGCCCCCAAUUGCCCGUGGCAGAAGCGCAACCUCAGCGCGAUGAGUGGAUGCUUGCGCCCCCGACUUCAUCUGGCUACGCCGAGCGCGACCCAACACGCAUGCGCAACCGCAAGUUCGCCUCCAAGCCUGCCUCCUCCUCUGGCCCCUCUGCAGUCUCCUCGAUUUGGACUGAAACACCCGAAGAGAAGCUCAAGCGCCUCCAAGACUCAGUGCUAGGUCGCGAGGACAAGACCCAGGAGGCGGCUGUUGGAUCAACACAGUCCAAGGAGGAGGAGGAACGCCAAUGCCGAAUUGCAGCCAACAUCGCGGCACAGCGGGGCAAGAGUCUCUACGACGAGCACCAGGGCCGUAGAGAGAAGGCAGGGGAGAAGGUUGAGGAGGAUGACGACCCGAGUAAGAGGGCAUUUGACCGAGAAAAGGACAUGGCGCUGGGUGGGAAGAUUGGGACGGCACAGAGGAAGGAACUAAUGACAAAGGCAGCAAACUUUGGAGGGAGGUUUCAAAAGGGAUCAUUCUUAUAGUAUCCCCUCACACUGAGCGGGGCACCCCGUACGCAUGAAUAUAAGCUCCCCAAUAUAGGGUGUAUAAACUAAGGAGGUAGCGUGUAGAGUCGAUCACGACAGAUACGAAUAAAUGUCACGAAUCAAGUUCAAAGAAUUGGGCGGAACAAAUAUUUCAUUGCACCGUCCAACUAUCGAAGAGGUCCAUAACCACCAAACUCCACCGCUCCCUCCGUUUCCAGCUGAAGCCCGAAUUUUCCAGCCCAAAUGCAAGUUACAAAAACCUCCCGUCUUACAAAUAAACAAGGCGUCCCAAAAUCAACAAUUCAUCCCAUGCUAUCCUUGAACCCUGUUCGGCACAUGCGGAGACGUGGCGUUCCUG